AUGGAGCGCUCGGUGCGGGAGCUGUGGGCGGAGUCGCGCGAGCUUCUGGGCCUCCACGCCGAGGACGUGCCGCGCGCCGACCUGCCCCCGGCGCCGCUCGCCUUCCUCCGCGACCACGUCUCGCCGGGCCGCCCGCUCAUCGUCUCCGCCGCCGCCACCCGCCACUGGCCCGCCGCCUCCCUCUGGCCCACCGAAUCCUACCUCCCCGACGCGCUUCACUCCACCGACGUCUCCGUCCACCUCACCCCCAGCGGCCGCGCCGACGCCCUCGCCCCGCACCCGCACCCGCGCCGCCCCGGCGCCAGGUGCUUCGCGUCCGCGCACGUCCGCCGGGUCGACUUCCCCUCCGCCGUGCGGCUCAUCAGGGGCUCCGACCCGGCCGCCGGUGUGGUGGCGUACGCGCAGCAGCAGGACGACUGCCUGCGCGGGGAGUACGCGGCGGUGGCCGGCGACGUGGACGCGCACGUGCCCUGGGCCAGCGAGGCGCUCGGCUGCCUCCCCGAGGCCGUCAACCUCUGGAUCGGCAACUCCUGCUCCGUCACCUCCUUCCACAAGGACCACUACGACAACAUCUACGUCGUCCUCUCCGGCGAGAAGCAUUUCCUCCUUCUGCCCCCAACCGAGCACCACCGCCUCUACAUCCGCGAUUACCCCGCCGCCCGCUACAUCGCCGAGCAGGAAACAGAGGAGCUGCCAAGGCUUAAGCUAGAGAUCGAAGAACCCGAGAGGAUCGUGCCGUGGAGCAGCGUGGACCCAUACCCGGGGUCGCCGGAGGAGAUGGCGGCGCAGGCCUCGUCCUUCCCGCUCUACUUCAAGGGGCCAAGGCCGAUACGCUGCACCGUCCGCGCCGGCGAGAUGCUCUACUUGCCGAGCAUGUGGUUUCACCAUGUCAGCCAGAGCCCCGGGCCUAACGGGCUCACCAUUGCCGUCAACUACUGGUAUGAUAUGCAGUUUGACAUCAAGUAUGCCUACUUUAACUUCAUGAGGUCACUGGAGAUCAAACAUUCUCUGUCGGACACCAGUGAUGAGGCUAUCGAAGGUGAGCUCGAGGAGAAGAACGAUUAA